AUGAGCCACGACAGACAGUUCUAUGCAGACUGGGGGAACGAUGAGCGCUUACAGCCAGCGAAGGUGGACUAUUCUAUAGCCAGCAGCAUGAAGCCUCCAUUCCAUCAUGACGAUGGAGAUUCACCCUCUGCUGAAAAUGCCGAAGCAAAGGGAUCGCCUCGUGGCGGUUCCCGUAAGCGCCAACAGGAAAACCAAGGAAGCCAGGCUGAUGCUGUACUGAUAGGAUAUAUGGAACCAAACCGGCCAGAAUUCGCACAUGAAGCCUCAAAACAGCAUUUUGGACCGCCAUUUCGCUCCGAAAUGGACUAUGACUCGCCACCCAGACUUCAACCGAAAAAGGAAGAGUUGGAAAAAUGUAAAGCUCGGCCUGAAAUCCCAGGGGUGAAGAAAGCGACCGAAGUACUAGCGACUGAAGCACUCAAAAUGCUUCAGCCCAUGUCUCAAUCGGACCCGACGGAGAGCUGCUCUUUUAAACUGGAGCGAGCCAAUUCAUUCUCUACUGAGAACAAAUUCUUCAACAACGAGCCGCAAUCACCCGACGCCCUUUUUAAACUGGAGCGAGCCAAUUCAUUCUCUACUGAGAGCAAAUUCUUCAACAACGAGCCGCAACCACCCGACGCCCUGCUGCUACCGCCGCUCAGGGAGCCAUCGCUAGACACGCCCACGGCUGAUUCGCCUUCAGUAGGUUCGAAAAAAUCGCCCACCACUCAGAGCCUCCCGCCCAUCAAGGCCGCACUCUCGGAACUACAGGAUCUUCCGCCAUCAAAAGAUCAUCCGGGGCCCAGGUUGAAUGGAUCAUCUCCUUACAACUAUCAGACCAUUCAGGCCUCCUCACCUCCCAACACUCGCAAUGACCUGCCUCGAAAACGCCAGCUGUCGGGGCAACUCCCACCUCCACAACUUCCCCCAAGUCCCUAUUCGGCUAUUUCACCUCCUAGCACCAAAGACACAGCACCAUCUCCUAUUUCACAGCAACACUACCAUCAACAGCAGCAGCAACAACAACAACAACAACAACAGCAGUCAUUGAAACCAAAGAGCAAAUCGGACAUAUUAUACAUCACGUCCCCGCCAGAGAUUGAACUGCAUUCCUCAAAAGCAGCAACUAGUCCUGCGGCAUACCCUACACCUACCGAUCAGCCUGUUGCCGGGUUGGCCGAACGAGCACCUCCGAUCUCCUCCUCUUCACAGUUGAAUGGGCCGGUAGCAGCAGGUACUUACAAGUGCUCCUGGCCGGGGUGUAAUGCCGCACCAUUUCAGACUCAGUAUCUGUUAAAUUCCCACGCAAACGUUCAUUCGCAGGAGCGCCCCCAUUUUUGCCCUGUAGAAGGAUGCCCUCGAGGAAUCAACGGGAAGGGGUU